AUGGAGACCGCCAAAGAAGUGAUGAAACAUCUAGAGACAACCUUUGGUAAGCAAGAUUGUCUUGCGCGCCAAAGGAUAUCCUCAGUGUUGUUUGCAUCAAAGAUGGCUGAUGGCACCACCCUGGAUCAUAUGAUGAAGCUUAAUAAGCACUUCCAGGACUUUGAGGGUUUUGGCAUUUUGUUCGAUCUCAAUUUUAAAAUUGAGACCAUUUUUGCCUCACUCUCUGAUGCAUAUGGGUCAUUCACUAUGAAUUACCAUAUGAAUAAAGUAGUGGUUAAGAAUGUCUUUGAGCUUACUAACAUGCUUGUUGAAGCAAAAAGUACACUCAAGAAGAGUAAAGUUGUAGCUCUUGUCAUUGAGAAAAGCUCUUAG